AUGAAUAACGAACCUGGAAAUGUGUUGCACUCAACUGAGGAAUUAGCGUUUGAAAACGAAAUAAUUAUACAUGCUAGCGAUAAUCAAAACGGUGAGAUCUAUUAUGCUGAAAAUGAAUACAGUGUUCAAAUGAUUGCAGAAUGCGCAGAAACAUUAAUAAAGGAGGAAAAAUUCGAAGAUUUUGGCCACAUGCUUCAACUGAUUACAAACAAUGGAGAAACUUUUCGCUUGUUGAUGGAAGAUGAGACUUUCUUGACAAUGUAUUUGAAAUACAAAAUGCAUCUUCAGCACUAUGAAGAAAUAUUUCAUAUUCUUCAGAAUAUGGGGAACACGUACAAUCCGAUCUUUCUACAACUAUGGGACGAGGCUCACUAUCAACAAUAUUGGUCGACACAUGGCAAAUUGAACUCUGUACACAAGUACAGGAUAAGACAGAGACAUCCUCCACCUCCAGGGAUAUGUCCAGGCGGUGUCCGACCACCCGCACGUCUGUUGGAAAGUUCAGCUGCCGUGCUACGUGAAUGGUUUAGAACACAUUCUUCAGACCCGUAUCCCUGCAAGAAAGCCAAACAAGCUCUUGCAAAUCGGGCCGGAAUUCCCAUUGCAAAAGUAACUUCAUGGUUUUCAAACGCUCGUAGACAACACAGGAAUAAACUCGAAAAGAUGGUAGAGUUAACACCGGGUGAUAAUAAUAAAUCUGUGAAUGAAAAGGAAUCAACGAAAGAUAAGUGUAUUGGAACAGAAGAAUCAGUGCAAACUGGCACAAAAGUAUAUGAUGAUGCAACGGAAUACUCGUGUGGUAAUCCGGAAGUGGAGAGUGUUCUGAAAGAACGAACUAUGGAUGAAAAUAACAACUGGACGGACAAGCAGGAUGUAGUUUCUACUGAAAACGACGGGACUAGUUUGUAUUCCUUCAAUAAUGAAAAUGUUAUACCAGCAUUGAGCAGUAAUUGGCCAACUACAGUUCAGUCUGUAUACAAACGGGACGAAUUAACAAAUACUAGAUUCGGAAAAUCGCGUUACAAUGCUAUGGACACUAACACCAACCAAAGAAUUCCCUUUUCACAGGUUCAUUUGAGAGAUAAUUUACGCUACACACAGGGAGGGAUACAGCUUGAAGAGGAAACAAAUGCACAAUAUGAGAAGCAGUACAUGCGCAACAUAGACAAGAAAAUAGAUUACAUACUUGCAAAAGAUGAAAACAAACCAUACACAGAUGUAAAGACAGGUAACAAACAAGGAUACAUCAUCUGUAAACUACCAAACUCUAAACAUAUAAGUAACCAUGUGGUUCAGAAACUGCCAGUGAUUGAAAAUAUGUCUAGAACCAAUGAAAAGGACAUUACAAGAAAUGGAGCAGAAAUCAUACCAGGAAACAAGGCUAAAGUCAUGACAGAUACUAAAGUUGAUGUUAUAACAGUAAAAAAGACAGAAGUCAUGACUGGUAAAAAUGCAAAUGUCAUAAAAGCAAAUAAGGCAGAAACUGUAACUAGAAAUCGUGCAAAAACUAUGACUGAAACCAAGGUAAAAGCCAUCACAGGAAAUCAGGCAGAAGCCAUGGCAGAAGAUAAGACAGAAAUGUAUCAACAGACAAAAGUACCAAACUCCCUUAGAAAAGCUAAAGUGAUAGGAAAAGACGUAUGCAGACCCAGACCUAUACGGCCUAAACUAAAAUUUGAAGAAACACAUUCUGAAGUUAUGGUAAAUGAUAUCAAAUUGGUUUGGAAACUGCGUGUUAAGCUUAAAGAACGGCAAAUGAGGCAUGUAGGACUGAAGAAAGAAAAGGCUGAAGAAUGGACUGCUUUAGACUGUCUCAGAUCUUUACAAAAACUUUGUGACAAUAUAGGAAAUAAUGUAGAGUCCCCGGUAGACUUCGCUUGUAGUGUAAAAAUUGAAGAAAGCCAAAAUAAUUCAGCAGAUGAUAUAGUUGCGGAUAGAGAUAAUGUCCCAAUGAAUGGUGCAAAAUUAGCAAUUACAACUGAAACUACCGAAAAAAAUUUGGGUGCAGAAACUGAAAGGCUGAAUAAGAGGUUGGCAGUUGAAAGGAAUGGUGAACACCAAGGGAUAGAUUGCAUCGAGAAUGCCAUUUGUAGCGUAUGCGAGAGAGAAUGGUUCAAAAGAGCCCACGCAAAUGGAGAAUAUCCACUGAUAGAGACCGGAGUUGAAUGUAGCACAGACUGUAGCAGUUCAAGAACAGAAUGUUCUGCAGAUGUUCAGCCUUACCUUCAGAGUGUUCAGUUGGUAUCUGGUCCAGAUACAUACAGUUAUUGUCAUCCAGUUGCGAUGGACAGGGAGCAAUACUACUGGUAA